AUGGCUUCUAACUCCGCAACAAUGGCUUGGAAAGCCAGUAUUCGGGCUCGUGCCUUCCCUACAUCCCGUUGGACUCAACGGCCGUCGGCAUUGGCACAGAAGCGGGUCAGCCGCUCCCCCGGUGUUUCGCGAUAUGCUUCGGACUCCGCUGCAUCUGCGCCCGCCGAGGCAGCCAAGGAGAAAGUGAAGGAUGCGGUCAAGGAGGCCGCUAAGGAAACUGCGAAGGAUGCUCCCAAGGAGAUCCCCCGCAAAGCAGGCCGUAGCUCUAAGAAGGCCUUAUAUGGUACCUCAUUGGCCUUGACAUUGCUGGUUGGGUACAUCUAUGGAACCGAUACCAGGGCUAGCAUCCACAGAUAUGGAGUGGUGCCUCUGAUCCGUGUUCUGUGGCCCGAUGCGGAGGAUGCGCACCACAUUGGUGUGGAGAACCUGAAGAUGCUCUACCAGUUUGGUCUUCACCCUCGCGAGCGUGGUGACCCGGACCGUGAUGGUGCCUUGGAGACUGAGGUCUUCGGGUACACCAUUUCCAACCCUAUCGGUAUCUCUGCCGGUCUAGACAAGCACGCCGAUGUUCCGGACGCGCUGCUCGACAUCGGUCCUGCCAUCGUCGAGGUCGGCGGCACCACCCCUCUGCCACAGGAAGGAAACCCGAAGCCUCGUGUGUUCCGCCUGCCCUCGCAACACGCCAUGAUCAACCGCUACGGCCUCAACUCCAAGGGUGCCGAUCACAUGGCAAAGGUGCUGAAGCAGCGUGUCUCUGACUUCGCCUACGCUGCUGGAUUCGGCCUGCACGAGCAAGCUGAGCAGCGCGUUCUGGAUGGUGAAGCCAACGUCCCUCCCGGCAGUUUGGUCCCGGGCAAGCUGCUCGCCGUGCAAGUCGCCAAGAAUAAGCUCACCUCUGAUUCGGACAUCGAGGCCAUCAAGCGUGAUUACGUUUACUGCGUUGACCGAGUCGCACCGUACGCCGAUAUUCUUGUUGUGAACGUUUCCAGCCCUAACACCCCGGGUCUGCGCGACCUCCAAGCCGCGGCACCCCUCACAGCCAUCCUGACUGCAGUCGUCGCUUCGGCCAAGAACGUCAAGCGCAAGACCAAGCCCUAUGUGAUGGUUAAGGUCAGCCCGGAUGAGGACUCCAACGAGCAGAUUUCCGGCAUCUGCGAGGCCGUCUGGAACUCUGGCGUCGAUGGCGUCAUUGUCGGCAACACCACCAACCGCCGACCCGACCCCCUGCCCCAGGGCUUUGUCCUCCCCGACGAGGAACAAAACACCCUGAAGGAGACUGGUGGCUACUCUGGCCCUCAAUUGUUCAACCGCUCUGUCGCGCUCGUUGCCCGCUACCGCGCUCUGCUUGACCAGGGACCCCCGUCGGCGGCGGAUGCCAAGUCCGAUGCCCCUGAGACCGACUCUGAUACGGUUGUCAAGAAGGUGGCCGAGCUUCCACGGAAGGUCAUCUUCGCUUCCGGCGGUAUUACUACUGGCAAGGAGGCACGUGAGGCACUCAACGCCGGCGCCUCAGUUGCUAUGAUGUACACCGGUAUUGUCUACGGAGGUGUCGGCACUGUCACGCGAGUCAAGCAGGAGUUGCGCCAGGAGCUGCAGAAGAAAUAA